GAAGUCUUCUAGGACUUUCUGUUUACCAGUAAUUAGUUUUCAGGACAGUGCCAAUGGCACCAAGUCCUUGCAACUAAUUAACUGCAGUUUUCUGGCUGAGUAUUAUUACCCCUCUGCAAUUAUAGCUAGAAGACAAAACACCAGGAACCAGCAAAAGGCUACAUUCUGUUUUUUCUCUAAAACUUUGUUUACUCACAGACCCACCAUGAGCAUUGUUUCUCUGUUUUUAGGACUCAUCUGUGGAUUGCUGUUGAUGUUUUGUUCUCACUGCCCAGGGGCAGGGAAAUGCCAGCUUAUCUGGGGAACAGAUGAACAGUUAAGCAAGGCCAUCCUGGAAAUGCUACAUAUCAAUAAGUUAUCCAUACCUCUCAGGACCAAGCCUCACCACUACAUGAAGUUAGUCUAUCAUCUACGAAACCCACCAGCCUUAAACAGCGAAGGGACUCUUGUGCAGAGUUUCAGGAGCAUCCAAGAUCCAGAUUUUGGCAUUCCAGGAUGGCUGUGGUUUAAUAUUUCUUACCUGAAACCUUCCAUGAGGCUUGCAGAAUUAGUUCUUCUCAGGAAGACUCUACACCCAGAAUCGCUGACAGUAAAUGUUACUGUGCACAGCAUCUCUGUGGUCCAGGGAAAUAUCACAGAAAGCGAAGCCUUAGAUGAGAAAGUGCUGACGUUAGAUGAGCUACCACCAUCUGGUUAUGAUGUCUUUAACAUUUCAGCCAUUUUGAAUGAGACCACCUCAGAUGUCAUAGGCUUUCAGCUACGAUUCACGGACGACAGUGGCAGCUUGGUUCUCCAUGAAGCUCUGACUAAGAGCCUGUACUGUUUGAACAGAUGCACCCGGAGUGAGCCCUUACUGGUGGCUUAUCGCUUCCUGGUGACUGAGCUAUAUGGUGGAAGUAAACAGCAGGUCACUAGAGAAUGCCAACACUGCGCUACAGAGAGAAGGAGAAACUUGCCAGAAGAUUCCAGGCUACAACAGUGCAGCCUUCACCAACACUAUGUGAACUUUCAGACAAUGCAACUGAGCCACUGGAUUCUGGAGCCUCCUGGCUUCUUCACAAGUUUUUGCAAAGGAGAAUGCUCCGACGAAGAAUCUGGAGAGCUCUCUGAAGCACAGCGGGGUGUAAUAAAUAAAACAGAAAACAGGAUGAGUUCCCGCUGUGUGCCCCAGAAGCGAUCCUCUAUUAAUGUGAUGUACUUAUCUCAUUCAGAAGAUCUUGUGAUUGAAAGGCUGAAGGAUCUGCGAGUAGAAAGUUGUGCAUGUAAUCAGCUGUUUUGAUAAAGUCUAGGUCUCUAAUCAUCCCUAAAGAGUUGAAGUCUUUGUCACUACAGAACGGGAACUUUAUAGAUUAUACGGCUACAUUUUUGCACCCUGAAUCUUUGAGAUGCCCGGUUCCACUGUAAAGAGACAGUUAGAUGUGUAGAUAUCACAGUCUGUACAGCAGAUGAUAACCAACAAACCAAAUAUAUCAAAGAAUGGCUUGAGACUGCAUAUAAGUUACAGCUAAAUGGUUUAACCAAGGACAUCUUCAAACUCACAAUACAACAUUGUCACUACAUCAUAUUCAGAUUACCUUUUGCCUGGAUUACUGUGGUAUGCAAUUGAGAAUAAAUAUGUUCCUGGUUACCUUCAUCAGUAUUUUUUCCAGGUGGAAGAAAAGGAGAAUGUUCAAGGUUUUUCCACAUUAAAUUUGAAAACCUCAUUAUGUAUGGGGAAGCAAUCACUAUCCCAUGAAUAAUUGAAAGAUGCCAGGGUACAGCAUGUUUUAAUAUAAAGUGUCAUUGUUAAAGUACAUCCUUACCACAGGGCCCCCUUUGCAGCGUUGUGCCUUACAGCAGCCACUUAGCUUCAGUUUCCCAGCGGAGCUGCUGCUGCACCCAGCCGACAACACCUUCUGUGGCAGAAAGGCUGAGUCCUGAAGCAAGAUCACUUACAGUUCUACCCUUUCUGGCAAACAAGCCUGAGCAACACAAACUUCUAAAUUCUUCCUGUUUCUCCAGGGGAAUCUGCUAAACACUAUUCUCCCCUGUCCCUAGCCCACCUUCUCUCCCAAAAGCAGCAGCCACCUCCCUUCCCUCCUACCUUCUAGCCUAACUACUCUCCUCUGCUACAGGUGCCUCAAUUUAGGCUGAUUGAGCCUUUAGUAGGCCAUUAAUUCCAAUCUGUCCAGUGAUUUACAUGUAUAGAUUCCCCAGACUACAGGGCCCAAAACUGCAUCAUUUAACACACUGGGAACUCUUCCUAAGAAUUGAGUCUAUUUCUUGAUAGGUAACUAGUUAUUAACUCAGUUGGGAACACCGCUUUUCUCAUGGUUGAUUUUCAUAAUUAAACUGUGACAUGUCCUGGAUGUGCUAACAACAUAUACUGUGUAUCAGACUUUGUUUAGAUAAAAUACCUUAAGGUGUUAAGAAAAAGGAGUGGAUUUUUUUUUGGUGGGGGGGUGUCACUUAACUCUGACUAUCAGGAUAAUGUUCCUAUUCAUUCUAGAGUUCACUAUAAUCCUUUGUAACUAGUUACACGUGAUAUUUUUACAAAAACAGGAAAGAAACCUGGGGACAAUGUGGCUGUUGUUUUUUCUUUGUCAUACCUGUAGCUCCUCUGAGAAUAGAAAGGUAUUUUUUAAAUAAAAGGUUGAUUUAGAAAACAAA